AUGUACGGCAGCGCCCGUUCCGUUGGCCCAGCGGAUGCCAACCACAGCGGAGGAGGCAGAGAUGGAGGGAGAGAUGCAGGAAGAGAUGGGGGGAGCAGCCAGGGUUCGGGGCGCUCCCCUCGUCUCCCCCGCUCCCCACAGAUGGGCCACCGUCGCACCAACAGCACGGGGGGCAGCGGAGGGGGUCCAGGCGGACCGGGGGGUAAGACCCUCUCCAUGGAGAACAUCCAGUCCCUCAAUGCGGCCUACGCCACCUCAGGACCCAUGUACCUGAGCAACAACGAGGUCACCAUGUCCGACCAUGUUAACAAGAGCGGUCGGGAGAUGACCACAAUGGGGCGACAGAGGGUGACAUACGGGUCGAAGACGAGCGCAGGUGGGGGUGGAGGUGUGGCAGCCAGCACGCCCAACAUCGCCACGUCGGCCCCAGCCAACGCUGUGCUCCCUGGGGUGAUGAUGGCAGGUGACUCCCUGGCUUUUGGGGAUCAUCACAUGGCCUCUACGGUGCCCCACUCGCUGAGACAAGCCCGGGACAACACCAUACUGGACCUGCAGGCCCAGCUCAAAGAGGUCAGUAGCCCCAGUUGCAGUUAUCGUAAGUCUGUUAGUUGGCCUGUAGGGGAACGCUAUGGAUGAGAAAAGCGAUCAAAUUUUUUUGGGGGGGGUAGAUCAGCUUAAUAUUGCAGAUAGAUUGUAACUUCCGUCAAUGUAAGCUAUCUAACUUACUGAAUUGCAUUUAUAGUGAGACUGGAUGCUGUGAUGUCAUAAGGACAUUUUGCAAUGACACGUUUGACAUGUACCCUACUUUGAGCAGCGCAUCCAGUUUGACUUUUACUGAGUGUCCUGGCAUUCCAAGGUUCUGUGUGAGAACGAUUUGAUGCAGAGUGUGUGUGAGUGAAAGUCAGACUGUAUGUUUGACUGACUGAGUCCCCUGGUCCCUCAGGUUCUGCGUGAGAACGAGCUACUGUGUCGUGAGGUAGAGGUGAAGGAGAGCAAGCUGAGUUCCUCCAUGAACUCCAUAAAGACCUUCUGGAGCCCUGAGCUGAAGAAGGAGAGAGCCCUAAGGAAGGACGAGGUGUCCAAGAUCACUGUCUGGAAGGAACAAUACCGCGUGGUGCAAGACGAGACACAGGUUGGUGUGGUGUGGGAGAUAUUUUUCAUCCAUUUCAUUGUUAAAGAAAUGAUUGGGGGUUAGAUAAUCUGAUCCUAGAUUUGUGUUUAGGGGCAACUUACUACCUCGAGCAAAGGGCAGGUUAGAGCCUAUCGGCUGUGUGUGUGUGUGUGAGAGAGAGAGGGGGGAGAUGUAGCUAUAGGACAGGUUGGAGCCUAUUGGCUGUGUGAGGUGGGAGACGUAGCUUUAGGGCAGGUUGGAGCCUAUCGGCUGUGUGUGUGUGUGUGAGAGAGAGGGGGGAGAUGUAGCUAUAGGACAGGUUGGAGCCUAUUGGCUGUGUGAGGUGGGAGACGUAGCUUUAGGGCAGGUUGGAGCCUAUUGGCUGUGUGAGGUGGGAGACGUAGCUUUAGGGCAGGUUGGAGCCUAUCGGCUGUGUGUGUGUGUGUGUGUGUGAGAGGGGGGAGAUGUAGCUAUAGGACAGGUUGGAGCCUAUUGGCUGUGUGAGGUGGGAGACGUAGCUUUAGGGCAGGUUGGAGCCUAUCGGCUGUGUGUGUGUGUGUGUGUGUGAGAGGGGGGAGAUGUAGCUAUAGGACAGGUUGGAGCCUAUUGGCUGUGUGAGGUGGGAGACGUAGCUUUAGGGCAGGUUGGAGCCUAUCGGCUGUGUGUGUGUGUGUGUGUGUGAGAGGGGGGAGAUGUAGCUAUAGGACAGGUUGGAGCCUAUUGGCUGUGUGAGGUGGGAGACGUAGCUUUAGGGCAGGUUGGAGCCUAUCGGCUGUGUGUGUGUGUGUGAGAGAGAGGGGGGAGAUGUAGCUAUAGGACAGGUUGGAGCCUAUUGGCUGUGUGAGGUGGGAGACGUAGCUUUAGGGCAGGUUGGAGCCUAUCGGCUGUGUGUGUGUGUGUGUGUGAGAGAGGGGGGAGAUGUAGCUUUAGGGCAGGUUGGAGCCUAUUGGCUGUGUGUGUGUGUGUGUGUGUGAGAGGGGGGAGAUGUAGCUUUAGGGCAGGUUGGAGCCUAUCGGCUGUGUGUGUGUGUGUGUGUGAGAGAGAGGGGGGAGAUGUAGCUUUAGGGCAGGUUGGAGCCUAUCGGCUGUGUGUGUCUGAGGGAGGAGACGUAGCUUUAGCACCAUCAGCUAAUCCUCUUAUAUGCAGCUAUAUGCUCACGCUUCAUAGAUCAAAGAGCGGUGUUAGUUUAAUGGCUGCAUAAGUCUGUACACAACAUCCUCCUGUGUUAGAGGAAUGGGAGGAUGUAGUGAGCAGAUAUGAGAGGAAACCUGUGAAAAAGGAGCUUCAGAUUGAGCUAGGGGGAUGUUGUUAGAACGCUACUGUACUAUACCUGCCAUAGAGAGAAAAUAAAUAGAAAGAGCAGAACAGCCUCUUGGGGAUAAGACGUAGAGUAAAUAGCGUGAGGGAGAGAGAGUGCAGGCUUUUAGUUUCCUCACGUUGCUGUCUUAUAUGUGGUGACGGCUCACAACUUGGCAUACUGAAGACAAACUUGCUAUUCAGAGACCAAGGGCUCUAUUUUUGGCUGCCGCUAUGGCGGCGCAAGUACCAAACACACAUUAGUUUGCAAUUUCAGCAUGGAAAAACUGGCGCUCUGGCGUUUUCCACCCCAUGCACCAGGUUCAGCAAUUUACCUGCCUAAUAUCAGCUCACUUCCGCUGAGGUGGGAGGAAUGGCAAUAUUUGAGGUGUGUCCUUGAAAACAAGCACAAAGCUGAAUUUAAUGCAGCGCAUAUCAGGAGAUUUAAAGACCAAUGAAAAGCAGGUAGGUCUUAGCAGUAAUGCGGUUGGUAAUGGCAUGGAUUUUGUGAGCAGAAGCGCAACCAAUCCAGCCAUGACGCACAGUGCCCAUAUACUCAUUGAACAAGAGAGGGGAUGUGCUUUUUGUGCUGGUAACCCUCCUAUUAAUAAACAUUUUUAAAAAUGUUUUUUUUCCCCAUUUGGUUUCACUUGAUUAAAAACCAAGCAUAUAGCCUCCCCAUACCUCAAUUAAUGCUGUUUUCAAGCCUAUCAAUAAAGGGUUUGACUCGUGAGAAUGCUUUGAAAUAAAUCUUAAUCUCCAACGCUUUAUUAAAAUAUCAAGUUUGGGAGCAGCAAAAGAGUGAGCCAACAUCCCCUUUUUAUGCAUUUUGUAGGCCUACAUUAUUUUAGCCUGCUCUCGUUUUGGGCGUGCGUAAAAACCCCUCCAUAUAGGCUACAUGUGUCCAUAUGCCCAUCACAAUAUGAGAUGAUGCUGGUGACCCUUGUAUUUAGAAUGUAUUUUCCUCUAACAAUUGCUUGUUUUCCGUUUCAUAUGAUUAAAAACCGAUCCCUCCGUAGGCUACCCUUACCCUAGACCUCGAGGCUAUAACGAAGGCUGGUUCAACAGCAAUCAGUCAUGUCUUUUUUAUCCUGUUGAUUUUAUGAUAUCAUGAUUCUGACCCCAAGCUAUUUAUACAUAUUGUUGUUGUACAAAAAGUAGUGCUUGUUUUUUGUUUUAAUUUAAUAAAAAAAACUAACUUAUUACAAUGAUUCACCAUCCUAGCUUUAUGAUGAGAACGUCCAGCUUGCAUGCUAUGGAAUUUAGGAGCCGUCUGCUAUUUCUGGAGAAGGGUGAAAGCGAUCUGUAAGAUGGGUCCAUUAGGCCAGACCAAAUUGAUUCACUGUAUAACGGAUUUUCCCCCAGAAAAGUGAGGCGAGCGAGCGAAAAAAUAAUAAUACAAACAAAAAAAACAUUACGUGGAUAAAGAAUAACAGUACUUUACCACAUUGUCCUAGGCACUUGUGCAGGCUGUAGGUCUAAUGUGAGCUUCUAGAGUUAUAUUAUUCCAUGCGAAAACCUACACUAUUUUUAACCAUGAAUUUAACCGACUGUUUGUUUAUAAUGAUGGACGUCCCAAGUUUAACCUGGACACAUAAUAGUAGGAAUUUGCGCUGGCUUCAGCCAUGACUGCAUGAGAGAGAAAUGAAACAUCUGCACGUCGCCUGCAGGUGCGAGCGUGUGUUUCACUGUCCAAUCCGAGGCUCGAACAUGAUCUGAGCGCGUGAUCUGAGGGCGCACAGAACAGAAUCAAAACCAGAACCAAACUCCAGCAAACAGCAUUAGUCCUCAGGGCAGGUUGGCAUUCAGGAAGAUCAGAUGCCUCAGCUUGGAUGGGCUGAUAGGCCUGAUACGAUUUCGCCUCUCCGUGAGUAUCUGCCCUGUUUUGGAGAAGAUUCUCUCAGAAGGAACUGAUGUGGCAACAAUACAUAGUCUCCCCUCCAUCACCUUCACCAGGAGUGGAAAGACUGAGGCCUUGGCCUGCCACCAGCUCAGUGGGUCUUCUGCUCUCUGGAUGAGGGGCUCCUCAAGGUAGCUCCUCACCUCCAGGACGGCGCAGACCUCUUUCACCAGCUCCCAUUCCUCUUGGCUUAAUGGCUCAAUAGAUGCGUUGAUGAGGGCCAGGGUGGAGAUGAUGGCAUCUUUUAUUUCAAGCAUUCGUUUCAACAUAUCAAAUGUUGAGUUCCACCUGGUGGCACACUCUUGUUUGGGCCUCAGUUCAGGAAUCCCCAUUUGGCGCUGUGUGGACUUUAGCUUCUGUGCUGCUACUGUGCUUUUGUGGAAAAACUCCACAACAGCCUUCACCUUAUCCACGGUUGUUUUGAUCACCUUCAGAGCAUCUCUAACCACCAGGUUUAGUGUAUGCGCCAGACAUGGGUGAUGGGUCCACUUCAAAACUUUUAUGGCUUUGGUGAUGUUUGCAGCAUUCUCACUCACACAGCACACCACUUUGUCCUCUACUUGCCACUCUUUUGCCACUCUUAGUAGCUCCACUGCCAAGUUUUCUGCAGUGUGUCUGUCGGUGAACUCGAAGCAGUCCAGAAGGCAAGAUGUCAUCUUGUAAUCUUCAAUAAAGUGGCAAGUGACAGACAUGAAAGAGCAGGUUGUUCUGGAGGUCCAGCAGUCAGUUGUCAGGCAAACUGAUGGAGCUUUUGUCACCCUUUCUUGCCAUAAUGCACGUUCUGUGUCAUAUAGUUUUGGGAUCAUUGUUUGGGAAAGUGUUUUUCUACUGGGUAGAGUGUAUGUGGGAUUUAGGGCUUUGACAAAGUUUUUCAUUCCUUUGUCCUCCACAAUGGAAAAGGGUUGAAAAUCAGAAGCUACCAUUUUAGCCAACUCAUCAUCAAUACUGUGCUGUUUGGCUGGGGUCAUCAGUUUAGGUAAAAACUGACUUAUUUUGCUUUGAGUUGCAGUAGGAGAGGUUAUACUUGCACGCAUGGGGAUGGCAGUAGACGUUACAGCAGCUGUUGUUCUGGUAUGAGACACACCAGGAUCAGUAGAUGGUGAGCUGGCUUGCCCUCUCUCCUCUAACUGCACUGUAGGAUGGACAGUUCUUGUAUGUCUAUGCAGGUUUGUGGUGGAACCUGCUCUUAUAGUGACCUUCGUUUUGCAGUGAAGGCACUCUGCUUUCUUGUUCCCAAUAUCUUUAAACUGCAGCCAGAUGCUGCUUCGCUUUCUAGUGUCACUCAUAGUUAAACGACACGACAAUGCAAGACGCACACACGCUCCUCAGUCCGCUCUGUUUGGUCUCUUGCGCAUUAACUUGGGCAAGCCUCAAGGGAGAGCGGACAGUGCAGUAUAAACAAAGCGCCGCAUAUAUUGCCCAAAAAAUAACUUUUUAAUUUUUUUAACAAAAAAAAUUGCGGGGUGUGGAGAAAAGUAAGGCGGGGCAUCCGUUAAACAGUAAUUUAACUUUGUCCAGCCUUAUGUUUAUACAACAUAUUUGGGAGCUGUAUAAGGGUUGACAUUCUCUUUAUAUGGGAUCUUUGUCCAGCUUCUGUGAAAAGUUUGGAUGUGCGUAAAACCUUCCAUUGUCUGCGUUGCCUUAAUAUUAUAUUAUGCCCAUGGGAGCAAUUAUGGUGCCUUUAACUAUAUUUAUGCAUCGCCUAUUUAAAACAAGUUGUUUUGAUUCACAUUUUAUUCGAAUGAUUCACUAUUUUUAGGCCUUAUCAGUAGUGAAUUCAAUCUUGCUUAUUGACAACGUUUGGCAUGUCCAUGGCUCAGCCAUAAUGCAUUUACAGUAGGCUUAUCCCCUAUAUCAGUAGGAAUGCUAUGUUUAACAAUAUAUUUCCAUAUUGAAGCCAUGCAAUUACUUAGAACAAUGUGGACUGCAAACAUGUUCAACAUAUUAAGCAAAGAUGGGAUAGGCCUACAUUUUGUUAUUUUGUUUCUGUAGGCUAUUUAACAAACGAGGCUAUAAAGGACUAACAUUCGAAUUGGAGUUGAUGACAACACAGUACAUAAGACAGUAAAUACACAAGUUGAAGCAACCACAUAUUUAGCCAUGGAACACGUUCUGAUUGGCCAGUGAGGGGUCAAGCCUCCAACGUAUUUAUUCGUCAAAACCCAUCCCUUUCACGCCACUGCCAGCUACUGCGCCCAUAAUUCCCGCAGUGAAAAUAGCAACAAAUAUUUCUGACACACCCCUGGACCUAUAGCGCUACCGCCAGUGCUAAGAUUUCACAUUCCGUAAGGUUUGUUAAAAUAGAGCCCCAAUACGCGCACACACACAUUUUUACACUGAAGCUGAAGAUUCACCCAGCUGAAAUAGCAGUAUCUCAGUACAGUAUUGUGUGUCUAUUCUAAGUCUUUACUUUAGCAGUCAAUGGCCUUUGAUUCUUAUCCCCUCCUGUCUCCUUGGGGGUUGUGCGAAGUUCAAUUCCACAUCAGGUGCUUUAAAGAGAGCUACCCCCCCCCGCUUCUCGCCUCUCUCUCGCUCUGUCUCUACUGCUCUUCAGAGUGAGUGAGAGGAGACGCUGCCUCUGCGUUUAGGAUAAUGCCCAGCUCAGCACCCCAUCACUGCAUGUGUGAAUGCUGGCAGUGGGAUUUUCACACACUUGUGUGUGUUAACUAGCAAUAGCAAUCCUGGUUUAACAGGAGAUUAACUGUAUGAGAAAUGGGGAUCAAUUCAGUUUCGGAAGUAGUGUAUUUAGGAAAUCAUCUAUAAUCCUGGAAAACAUGGAUGAUUUUUCACAUCAUGUGUUGGACUUCACUAAUCAAAUGAAUGUAUUUCCGCUCUGUGAACGCUGGCAUCCUGACAGAAGGCAUGGCUUUAAUGAUUAGUGGCGUGAAUGGGCUGAUCUGGAUAAUUUGGUGUUUCUUUUCCUGCCCAUUAUGGCCUGCUGAGUCACACACACACACACACACACACACACACACAAAAACACUACGAGAGAGUGGCUGUGUGAGGGGGCUGACGGUUAGACGGACAGGGUAAUUACCCAGAUUCCUGAGCAGUGGGGUGGGGGGCUGACAGUCUGAAAACAGCCAUCUUUAAAGUAGAGCACCCGCUGAUUAGCCCUACAGUAGUGAGGCAUUACAUACUAUGUGUGCUAAUUCUCUGUAAUGCCUCACUACUGUAGGGCUAAUCAACAGGUGCUCUUUUUUUGCUAUUAGUCUCUGAACGUGCAGCGAGCGCUGUAAAAUGGCUGUCAUAUUCCAUCUCCUACAGUAGCACCACUGAUACUCUGCUAAUUAACAUCGCUUGUUACUCACUAAACACCGCUGCGCUCUCCAUUUAUCAUGUCAGAAUGUUCAAUGUUAAAAAUGCUUAAUUGGCUCAAAGUAAAGUGGAUGUAUAACAGAUAUACGAUAAGAGAGGGAAUGAAUACAAAAGGGAGGGAGGGAUAAAUAUAUAAAGAGAGUGAGGAAGGGAGUGAGUGUCAGAUUUGAUAUGUUAGGUUGGUGUUUAUCGUACGUUUGACCCAUAUAGCAUUAUACUGCAAUGUGUGUUGUGCUGCAGAUCUAUCUGUUGCAUAGCUUUGCUUACUGUGUGUGGUAGCUUAGUGGCGGCAGGCAGGUAGCUUAGUGGUUAAGAGCGUAGUGCCAGUAACCGAAAGGUCGCUGGUUCUAAUCCCCGAGCCGACUAGGUGAAAAAUCUGUCGAUGUGCCCUUGAGCAAGGCACUUAACCCUAAUUGCUCCUGUAAGUCGCUCUGGAUAAGAGCGUCUGCUAAAUGACUAAAAUGUAAAAUGUGUGUAUGUGUUCUGUUUAGAUCAGCUUGCUGUAUCCAAUCUUUUAAACGCCUCUCUGUUGUCUCUUCUCAUGAGAGGGAUAGGGAUCAGUGAGUCAGACUUAGUCACUGGGUAUAGGAGGGGCGAGGAGGAGAGAAAGAGGAUGAGGGAAGGUGUGAGAGUGACGGCAGGGUGAGCGAGGGAGGAGGGGAGUGAAAGAGCGAGCGAAGGAGAGUGCGAGUGGCAGAGGGAGGGAGCGAUGGAGACAGACACUGACUUGUCUUUGUGCUGUUGUCUGAAACGCCUCCCAGCUAAUCCAAAGCAGAGAAUAGAACACAGCAUUGUAUUUCUGUCACAUAGCUGCUCUGUCAAAUAACUGUGGCAGUACAGGCUCCAAACAAUGAAUGUUGGCUGAUUGUGCUUUUGAUCUCUGUAUUUCACUGCAUGGGAACGUCAGAUUGUCCUGAUUGAGUAGAUGGUGUACUUGUUGCUGUACCCACCUAUCCUUCUCGCUCCCCUUUCCUCUUCUUUUUGAUAAGUUAACAAACACUUUCCUCACUCCUCCCCCCUCCAUCUUUCUUCUCCCUCUCUCCUUUCCUUCCUCUCUCCACCCCCAUAUGACAAUAUGGAAGAAUAAAAGAACCAAAUUCAUCCUUAUACUCUCCUCCCUCUUAUUUUAUGCUGCACCUCCAAAUAAAAGGUGAAAAAUGAAUAGAUAAAUAAAUAAACUCUCCUCUCCCCCUAUCUCUCGCUCUCUCUCUAGCACCUCCACAUGACGGUCCAGGCCUUGCAGGAUGAACUGAGGAUCCAGAGAGACCUGAACCAGCUGCUCCAGCAGGACCCUGCCAGCCAGGGUCGUGAACUGGCCCUGAACUCUGAACCCACGGAGGAGAACUACCGGCGGCUACAUGGGGACCACGAGCGUCAGGCCAAGGAGCUGUUCCUGCUCAGGAAGACACUGGAGGAGAUGGAGCUGAGGAUAGACACCCAGAAACAGACCCUGGGCGCCAGGGACGAGUCCAUCAAAAAACUGCUGGAGAUGCUGCAGAGCAAAGGUGGGUUACUGUGACACACACACACUGACCAUAUUAGUAAUGUUCUUAUAUUAAAAUAUCUUAUAUAAAUGACCAUAUUAUUGUAUUCCAGGGCCGUCGGCUAAGGCCUCAGAGGAAGACCAGGAGAGAACCAGGAGACUGGCUGAUGCUGAGAUGCACAGACACCAUCUAGAGUCUCUGCUGGACCAGAGAGAAAGGGAGACGACUGCUCUACGAGAGGUGAGGGACACUGGGAGAGAUGAGAAGGAGGGAGGGAGAGAGGGGAGACGGAGGAAGGUAACAAAUAGAGCGGCUUUACUUGGCUCACAAUACAAAGCAUUUGGUAUUGAGUGGUGUGUAGUAGACAAUGUGUGUGAGGUGUGACAGCCUUGUUCUCUUUAGGAGCUGCACCGUCGAUACGAGGGAACCCCAGAGUCCACCAAAACCAAGGCUCUACAGACAGUCAUCGACAUGAAGGUACCUGUCUCUGUGUGUGGCUGUGGCUGUGUCUGUAAGUGUGUUUAUGUCUGUGGCAUAACCCCUUAUCUCUCCGGUGUGUGUCAGGAUGCUAAGAUCAACUCUCUGGAGCGUGGUCUGAGGGACACGGAGGAGGAGGUGAUGAUGCUCAAGUCCAAUGGCCUGCUGAGCUGUGAGGAGAGACAGGAGGAGAUGAAACAGAUGGAGGUUUACCGCAGCCACACCAAGUUCAUGAAGAACAAGGUUAGAGGGUCACUUCCCCUCAGUUCCCAUUGGUCAGAAUUCAGUUUCACUCAGUUCCCAUUGGUCAGACUUCAGUUCCCCUUGGUUCUGAUAGGUCAGAAUUCAGUUCAGUUCCUUCCAAUCAGCUCAAUUCUGUAGUUGUACAUGUUCUCUUCAUAUCCAUGCCCUCCUUCCUCUCCUCUCCCUCUGCUCAUCACCCUCUACUUCUCCUCUACCAUUCCUCUUCUCCCCUCCCCUCUCCUGCUCUUGUUUUCCUCUUCCUCCACCUCUCCCCCCUCUCUCUCUCUCUCACUUCCACUCUCACUCUCACUCUCACUCUCACUCUCACUCUCACUCUCGCUCUCUCACUCAGAUGGACCAAGUAAAGCAGGACUUGUCCAGGAAGGACACAGAGCUGCUGGGUUUACAGACCAAGCUGGAGACUCUGACCAACCAGUUCUCUGAUAGCAAACAGCACAUUGAGGUCCUCAAGGAGUCGCUGACUGCUAAAGAACAACGAGCUGCCAUCCUACAGACAGAGGUACACACACACACACACACACACACACACAAAGACCCAGUAUGCUGAGCGUUUCCCCUCUGCCCUCUGCUGACCAGGUGGAUGCGUUGCGUCUGCGUCUGGAGGAGAAGGAGACCACUCUGAACAAGAAGAGUAAACAGAUCCAGGAGAUGUCUGAGGAGAAGGGCACGCUCAACGGAGAGAUCCACGACCUCAAGGACAUGCUGGAGGUCAAGGAGCGUAAGGUCAACGUCCUGCAGAAGAAGGUGGGGCUCGACUAUAUAGCACGCUGUAUAAUACAAUAGGAUACAAUGUCAUACUAAGUCCUGUUUAGGAGGCGUUUUGUGUAUGUCUUUUGUCUAGCUCGCCUAGUUGUGUGUGUGUGUGUGUGUGUGUGUGUGUGUGUGUGUGUGUGUGUGUGUGUGUCCAGAUUGAGAACCUGCAGGAGCAGCUGAGAGACAAGGAGAAGCAGAUGAGCAGCCUGAAGGAGAGAGUCAAGUCUCUACAGACAGACACCUCUAACACAGACACCGCUCUCACCACACUGGAGGAGUCCCUCGCUGAGAAGGUACACACUCUCACUCACACAUACAUUCACACACACACACACACACACACUAGAGUCCUGCAUGGGUCAGUUUUAUGGAGCUGCGCCUGCCACAUCAAUUCCGAUACCCACCUGACAUCAGGACAGGUUGUUCUCCCCGAAACGACCCACGCGCUUAGAAUUGUUCCGAGAGCCGGUCCGUUACCCGCCAAAUUGCAUCCAUUUAUUUAAUUGUUUUUAUGACUCCAGACAGUAGGCUAUUCCUUUUUUCCCUGCUAGAAUUAAUGUGUCUGCAUGUCUAUUCAACAGUUGGAUAAAGAAAACAUGCGGCACAUUGAUAACUCAAAUAGCUUUGAAAAAGAGCCUUCUUACCUAAUGAAAGCUAUAGGCUUAGCCUACAUAACAAAACAUGACCUUUGCAUUCAAUAUUGUUUUGAUUUUCAAAUAGUUUAAUUGAAACUUAAAUAAAGAAAUGCCAGAAUUGAAUAUAGCCUUCAAAAAUAGUCAAACCUUUACCAGCCACACCGGUCAAACGGAAAUUAUAUGGCCAGUGUAUGGUGAACAAAAGUCUGAAUUGCGAAAGCCUCUGCACAUGGACACAUUUGAAUAACAGACAGUUCCCUGCUCCACACUCUAUCACUGUGUGGCUGGGUCUGUCACCGCUCACAGAAUGGAAUUUACAACAAUAAAACAAGCUGCUGGGUUUGUACAAAUUGGAUAAGCAUGAUUUAAAACAUUUCCGACCCACCAAAAUAUAAUUGUUCUGAACUGCGAGCCAACCAACGUGUUCAAGGAAUGUUUUCAUUCCACCCGCCGGCUGAUUUUUUUUGCGGGUCACCCGCGGUGAACUGUCAGUGCCCGAUGCAGUGCUCGAACACGCACACACACACACUGUCCGACUCCAGCAGAGACACAUGAGCAAUGUUUCUGUCCUGGGUGUUUGUGCUCUCAUAUGGGCUCUGAAAUGACACAUGAUGAUGAUGAUGUGUGUGCCUCCCCUCCUAUUCUCUCCUCUCUAGGAGCGUAUCAUCGAGCGUCUGAAGGAGCAGAGAGACCGAGAUGACAGGGAGAAGACUGAGGAGAUCGACAGCAACAAGAAAGAACUGAAGGAGCUGAAGGAGAAAGUCAGUUUGCUGCAGGGAGAUCUGUCCGACAGAGAGGUACACACACACACACACACACACACACACACACACACACACCAAACACACACACACACACACACACACACACACACACACUGUAGUGACACUGUUGACACAUUUGAAGAGUUUAUUUCCAAAAUGCUAUAUCAUCACAUUUUUAUGAGUAUCUUCAUGUGUGUGUACAAUAUUACUGUUCUCAGAUUUUUUAUUAAAAGAUUUAGAAAAUGUUUGUUUUUUUUGCAAAGCGCUAUAUAUCCAUUGUUUAGCUGGAGCGGAAUGUUCAUAUCCUGUAUAUUUGACUGUGAUAUGUGGUUGUCUCACCUAGCUAUCUUAAGAUGAAUGCACUUACUGUAAGUCGCUCUGGAUAAGAGCAUCUGCUAAAUGACUAAAACGUCAAAUGUAAAUGUUUUAUAUAUAGAGAUCUUAUUACUGUAUAGAAUUUUUAGAUUUUUUUAUAUUGAUGUCACAAAUGUAUCAUUUGUAAAUGUCUUUAUUAAAACAUUUAGUUAUUUGUUACAUUUUACUGAGUAAAACCUAGCAGUACUACUUAUUUAUCUGAGAGUGAGGCAUAUACACUGAGUGUACAAAACAUUUCCAUGACAUAGACUGACUAGGUGAAUCCAGGUGAAAGCUAUGAUCCCUUAUUGUUAUUACUUGUUAAAUCCACUUCAAUCAGUGUAGAUGAAGGGGAGGAGACAGGUUAAAGAAUGAUAUUUAAGCCUUGUAACAAUUGAGACAUGGAUUGUGUAUGUGUCAUUCAGAGGGUGAAUGGGCAAGACAAAAGAUUGAAGUGCCUUUGAACGGGGUAUGGUAGUAGGUGCCAGGUGCACCUGUUUGAGUGUGUCAAGAACUGCAACGCUGCUGGGUUUUUCACGCUCAACAGUUUCCCGUGUGUAUCAAGAAUAGUCCACCACCCAAAGGACAUCCAGCCAACUUGACACAACUGUGGAAAGCAUUGGAGUCAACAUUCCUGUGGAACGCUUUCGACACCUUGUAGAGUCCAUGCCCUGACAAAUUGAGGCUGUUCUGAGGGCAAAUGGGGGGGUGCAACUCAAUAUUAGGACGGUGUUCUUAAUGUUUUGUACACUCAGUGUAUUUAGCAUUUUGCAAAAAAACAUGAUUAUUUGUCUCUGAAAUGAAACCAUCAAGUGAUAGAUUUUAAACAAAUAUGAUUAGAUAGUGAAAAAAUCACAGUAUCUUUCAUAAUUUAUUUAAACAAUAAAAUCUAAUUUACCAACAUUUCAGAAAAUUGAUAUAUAGCGUUUUUGGAAUGAAACUCUUCAUUUAUGAACCCCCCCCCCCCUCUCUCCAGACCAAUCUGUUGGACCUAAAGGAGCAUGCAUCGUCCCUGGCCUCCUCGGGGCUGAAGAAGGACUCCAAGCUGAAGAGUAUGGCGAUCUCUCUGGACCAGAAGAAGGAGGAGUGUUUCAAACUGGAGAACCAUCUUAAGAGGGUGAGAUGUUGCCUCUAGGCAAUGAUCUAAGGCCACUUGUACUUACUUGUGUGCAUGCGUGUCUGACUGUGUGCGUGUCUGACUGUGUGCGUGUCUGAGUGUGUGCGUGUCUGACUGUGUGCGUGUCUGACUGUGUGCGUGUCUGACUGUGUGCGUGUCUGACUGUGUGCGUGUCUGACUGUGUGCGUGUCUGACUGUGUGCGUGUCUGACUGUGUGCGUGUCUGAGUGUGUGCGUGUCUGACUGUGUGCGUGUCUGACUGUGUGCGUGUCUGAGUGUGUGCGUGUCUGACUGUGUGCGUGUCUGACUGUGUGCGUGUCUGACUGUGUGCGUGUCUGACUGUGUGCGUGUCUGACUGUGUGCGUGUCUGACCAUAGAAAAUAAAAUGUGUUUUCAGGCCCAGAACGCAACGUUGGAGGCCAAGGCAAACACGGAGCUGUCAGAGCGCAUCACCUCCCUGGAGCAGGAAGUGACCCGGCACAGAGAGGAUUCUGGGAAGGCUCAGGCAGAGGUGGACCGGCUGCUGGAGAUCCUGAGAGAGAUGGAGAAUGAGAAGAAUGACAAGGACCGCAAGAUCAACGAGCUGGAGAGGUGUGUGUGUGUUUCUUUCUCUGACCCUGACUCUGCUUGUUUGUGUUUGUUUGUGUCUGGCUCAGUCUCUGUAAACAGCAGUUUAUCUAUAUAAAUGUGUACCUGGUCUAAUGUAGGUGUUUUCCUUUGAAAUACCACACGGUCCUCCUCUUCUCCUUCCUUUCAUCUCAUCUUCCUGCUCUCUGAAUCUGUUUCUCUCUCUCCUGCCUUCUUGUCUUUAUGCUGGAACUCGCCUGUCUCCUCUCCAGUCAGUCCUCCAGGUUAGUAACAUGUUUUCUACAUGGUCUGUCUACUGGCUGGACUUCCGCCCUUUCCCCCACCAACCCCUCUCUGUCUAACACCCUCUCCCUCUGUGAUGCUCCAGUGGUAUGAGUGUAACCUUAUGGGACUGUCUGUAACCCAGUCCUCCUGUGUCCCAUGGUGCCUUGCAGGCAGACCAAGGACCAGAGUAAGAAGGUGGCAUCCCUGAAACAUAAGGAGCAGGUGGAGAAGAGUAGGAACGCCCGACUGGUGGACGAAGCUAAAAAGAGAGAGGACAACAUCUCAGAGAGCUCUCAACAGAUCAAGGUAAGGCACGGGGGGGUGUAUGGAUGUGUGACUAAUAACAACGCUGGUAAAGAAAGCUCUUCUUGUUGCACAACAUUUUGUUCUACAUAAAUAUCCUUUAUUAAAAAUGUAUUUAUCUACCUCAGUCUUCUCUCCUCCUCCUCUCCCAUCUAGGACUCUCUGCGGUUGAAGACUGAUCGUAUCGAGGAGUUAGAGGAGGCUCUGAGGGAGAGUGUUCAGAUUACAGCAGAGAGAGAGAUGGUGCUGGCACAGGAGGAGGCUGCCAGGAACCACCAGGAGAAACAGGUACACACACACACACACACACACACUUAACACAAGUACACACACAUGCACAAACACCUGUAGGAGGUGCUGGAGAUGAAGUAAGACGCACACACACACACACACGCAACACAAGUGUACACACGCACAGACGUGCAACACAAAUACACACACAUGUACAAAGCUACACAGACACACACAGCUUCUAUAUCCUUCCUCUCCUCUCAUCCCAUCUGCUGGCUACGUUUCACUCUCUUCCUCCCUGCCAUCCCUCCUUUUCUCAGUUUUCUUAUCUCUCAUUUUCUCCUGUUUUCUCUGCUACUCACUGCCUCUCAGAAGCACUCACACAAACCAAUGCAUGAGUCCAACCACACCCACUUUAAGUGGUCUAAGGUAUGAUGCAAUGAUCCCCCUCUGUUGUAUUUCCCCUUUGGAUCAGUAGCUCUUCAGACCAUAUUAUCAUGUUACCAUUUACCUACUAUUCACUUUGAAAUUACAUGGUGUAAACUAAACUAGAACCUUCUGAUACUUGUUUCUAGUAACGCCAGUCUGUAACUGGUUGGUAAUCAAUGAGGAUACUAACAAUGCACCCCAGAGAAAGUCAAUAGUUAUUAUUUAGCAAUAAUGGGUUGUACUGUUAACCAUGUGACUUCUAAGUAAAUGGCAGUUCAAUGAAAGUACUACAGUGAAGUCGUACCUUUAUUGCUGUUUAGAUCUGUCAUUGGAGCCCCUUGUUGUACAUCCAACACCUCAGUGGGGUUGGGUCCAGAAACAACCCCUAGCCCUGUUCACCAUAUUGCUGGUCUAUUACCCAUCAAUCCGUUCAGAUUGACACUAGUACCUAGGGGUUAUAGGGUGUAAGAGCUAGUGCCAAGGGGAUAUGGUGUAAGGCAGGGAUCAUCAACUAGAGCAGCCGCGGGAAGCCCAAACAGAUGUAAUGUUUGACUAAAACAUAAUAAUUUCAAUCCUUGCUUACAUUUGUAUAUGAUCACGUGUCUCUCUAUUAUGCGUGGGAAUACUUGGGAACAGAUUUCCAAAAUUAUAUCACUUGGAGCUGAUUUCCUGGUGUUUUUCCAGUGUUUUAUGUCCAACAAUGAACAUGAAAAAAAAAGGCAGCCAGAUGGGGAACCCUGGUGUAAGGGCUAGUGCCAAGGGGAUAGGGUGUAGGGGCUAGGGGUUCUUUCUGGACAGUUUUCAAUAACAUACAACCUCCGAUGGCCCUCCCUCUUUAGUGUGCCUUUGAUUGACAGCUCAUCAAAAUGGAUCUGUACUUGAGGAAGGUUAUAUGUCUUUGAAUGAUAAACACAUCUCAUACAUUUUCAUCUCUCUGCUUGUGUCUUUGUAUUGCCUUAUUUGUAUUAUGUGUGUGCAGAUUGAGGAGCUGCUGGGGGCCAUGGAGAAGGUGAAACAGGAGCUGGAGUCUAUGAGGGCCAAGCUGUCAUCUACCCAGCAGUCCCUGUGUGAGAAGGAGACCCACCUGACCACGCUGAGGGCCGAACGCAGGAAACACCUAGAGGAGGUGCUGGAAAUGAAGUAAGACAUGCACAUACACACACACACACUGUAUAUACACCUAUUCCAUUCCCUCCACUUUCACACUUUACCAAGUCACCAGACAUCUUGCAGUCAGGUAAUGCUGUAAUACAGUCAGGUAAUAUAAUAUCGUGUAGAUCAGGGUUUCCCAAACUCAGUCCUGGGGCCUCCCAGGGGUGAACGUUUAGUUUUUUGCCCUAACACUAGACAGCUGAUUCAAAUAAUCAGCUCAUCAUCGAGCUUUGAUUAUUUGAAUCAGCUGUGUAGUGCUAGGGCAAAAGCUAAAACAUGCACCCCUGGGAGGCCCCAGGACCGAGUUUGGGAAACCCAGCUGUAGAUGACUCAUUCUAAAAUGCCACCCUGUAAUAACUCCUUGGUGCAGACAGGAGGCGCUGCUGGCAGCCAUCAGUGAGAAAGAUGCCAACAUCGCCCUGCUGGAGCUGUCCUCGUCCAAGAAGAAGAAGACGCAGGACGAGGUGGCUCUGCUAAAGAGAGAGAAGGACCGUCUGGUACAACAGCUCAAACAGCAGGUAGGGAACAUUCCCAUGUCACAUGACCUAGGUCCGGCCACAUAGGCCUCUGUAAAGUCACUUCCUCUACUCAUCUCCUUCACCUGAAAUGGGGAGAGACGAAACAGACCUCAGAUAGUUUAUAGGUAUAGCUUUUAACUUUGCAGCAAGUGUCAAAAUCAAAAAGUAGGCAGCCAUAAACUUCUCUCGGCACAGCUGUCUGCUCAAUGCACCAUGAUUUGGGUGGCGGUUAAGAGCGUUGGGCCAGUAACCGAAAGUACGCUGGUUCAAAUCCCCAAGCAGACUAGGUGAAAUAUCUGUUGAUGUGCCCUUGAGCAAGGCAUUUAACCGUAAUUGCUCCUGUAAGUCGUUUUGGAUAAGAGCAUCUGCUAAAUUACUAAAAUGUAAAUGAGUAUGCUGGUCAAAAACAUCCCUUUAGUCUCUCCCCUGAAAUCCUGUUCUCUCUCCCUCUCUCGGGGAGAGAGCGAAGAUGAAGCUUAUACUACUAUCUUCGAGUAUCUCUCUCUUCUAGUCUCUUCUAUUCUAUUAUCUUCUCUCUUCUCGUCUCUUCUCAUUUCUUAUUCUCUUCUCUUCUCUUCUCUUCUAUUCUUCUUCUAUUCUAGUAGAUUAUUCUUCUUCUCUCUCUCUCUCCUCCUCUCUCUCUCUCUCUCUCUCUCUUCUCUCCUCUCUCUCUCUCUCCUCUCUCUUCUCUCUCUCUCCUCUCUCUUCUCUUCUCUCUCUCUCUCUCCUCUCUCUCUCUCUCCUCUCUCUCUCUCUCUCUCUCAGACUCAGAACCGUAUGAAGCUAAUGGCAGACAACUAUGAGGACGACCACUUGAAGACCGCCGCCGACCAGACCAAUCACAAACCUUCUCCAGAUCAGGUGGGUACCCAGUCAACCAAACAGAAUCAUAUUUUUUGCAGUUGAAGGCAAUCUAGAUGCUGUUAUUGUGAUAACAUGUGUAGCUUAACCAGAAUAGACAACUUCAUAUACUGGAGAAAGAUUAUCAUGGCCGGCCAGCUCAUUAGGCAGAUUGAUGAGGGCGGUAUUUUCUGAGCUAAACUGACCAAGAUGCACCUCCAACAACAACAAAUAAAACCUCACAUAAUUCUGCCCAAAAACAAUGACAAUUUCUCUCAACCAGUGGCAUAUAGGCUUUUUAGGUGAGCACUGAUGCCGCCCUGUUAAAAACAGUGCCCACUUUGUCAAAGGCAGGGGCGCAAAUGUAGCUUGUCCAUGCCCAGCGCGCCUCUCCAGGGUGCCGUUGGAGAGACGCUUCGCCGCUCCACCAACGUUCCGUCAAAAAAAGUAUCUAACAUAAAUAAUGUAGCAGAUAUAGGGUAGGGUUUCUCAAACUCGGUCCUGGGGCCGCCCUUGGGUGAAUGUUUUGGUUUUUUCCCUAGCACUACACAUCUGAUUCAAAUAAUCAAAGCUUAAUGAUGAGUUGGUUAUUUGAAUCAACUGUGUAGUGCUAGGGCAAACACCAAAACGUGCACCUAGGGGGGGCCCCAGGACCGCAUUUGGGAAACCCUGAUAUAGGGUAUGGUAAAAAGAGUACAGUGAGGGGGAAAAAGUAUUUGAUCCCCUGCUGAUUUUGUACAUUUGCCCACUGACAAAGAAAUGAUCAGUCUAUAAUUUUAAUGGUAGGUUUAUUUGAACAGUGAGAGACAGAAUAACAACAAAAAAAUCCAGAUAAACGCAUGUCAAAAUUUUUAUGAAUUGAUUUGAUUUAAUGAGGGAAAUAAGUAUUUGACCCCCUCUCAAUCAGAAAGAUUUCUGUCUCCCAGGUGUCUUUUUAUACAGGUAACGAGCUGAGAUUAGGAGCACACUCUUAAAGGGAGUGCUCCUAAUCUCAGUUUGUUACCUGUAUAAAAGACACCUGUCCACCGAAGCAAUCAAUCAAUCAGAUUCCAAACUCUCCACCAUGGCCAAGACCAGGAUGUCAGGGACAAGAUUGUAGACCUACACAAGGCUGGAAUGGGCUACAAGGCCAUCGCCAAGCAGCUUGGUGAGAAGGUGACAACAGUUGGUGCGAUUAUUCGCAAAUGGAAGAAACACACAAGAACUGUCAAUCUCCCUCGGCCUGGGGCUCCGUGCAAGAUGGAGUUGCAAUAAUCAUGAGAACGGUGAGUAAUCAGCCCAGAACUACACGGGAGGAUCUUGUCAAUGAUCUCAAGGCAGCUGGGACCAUAGUCACCAAGAAAACAAUUGGUAACACACUACGCCGUGAAGGACUGAAAUCCUGCAGCGCCCGCAAGGUCCCCCUGCUCAAGAAAGCACAUAUACAUGCCCGUCUGAAGUUUGCCAAUGAACAUCUGAAUGAUUCAGAGGAGAACUGGGUGAAAGUGUUGUGGUCAGAUGAGACCAAAAUCGAGCUCUUUGGCAUCAACUCAACUCGGCGUGUUUGGAAGAGGAGGAAUGCUGCCUAUGACCCUAAGAACACCAUCCCCACCGUCAAACAUGGAGGUGGAAACAUUAUGCUUUGGGGGUGUUUUUCUGCUAAGGGGACAGGACAACUUCACCGCAUCAAAGGGACGAUGGACGGGGCCAUGUACCGUCAAAUCUUGGGUGAGAACCUCCUUCCCUCAGCCAGGGCAUUGAAAAUGGGUCGUGGAUGGGUAUUCCAGCAUGACAAUGACCCAAAACACACGGCCAAGGCAACAAAGGAGUGGCUCAAGAAGAAGCACAUUAAGGUCCUGGAGUGGCUACCCAGUCUCCAGACCUUAAUCCCAUAGAAAAUCUGUUGAGGGAGCUGAAGGUUCGAGUUGCCAAACGUCAGCCUCGAAACCUUAAUGACUUGGAGAAGAUCUGCAAAGAGGAGUGGGACAAAAUCCCUCCUGAGAUGUGUGCAAACCUGGUGGCCAACUACAAGAAACAUCUGACCUCUGUGAUUGCCAACAAGGGUUUUGCCACCAAGUACUAAGUCAUGUUUUGCAGAGGGGUCAAAUACUUAUUUCCCUCAUUAAAAUGCAAAUUAAUUUAUAACAUUUUUGACAUGCGUUUUUCUGGAUUUUUUUGUUGUUAUUCUGUCUCUCACUGUUCAAAUAAACCUACCAUUAAAAUUAUAGACUGAUCAUGUCUUUGUCAGUGGGCAAACGUACAAAAUCAGCAGGGGAUCAAAUACUUGUUUCCCUCACUGUAUGUGGCCUUUUCUGUAGCCUACAGGCUGGAGAUAAAAUGUAUGACAAUAUAAUGAGAUGGACACUUUUCACAUCAUGAAGGUUUCUCUGAUCAAAUAGCUUAACCUAAAUAGCACCCAAUCAAAUAAAACAUGUGCUGUCAUGUUAACAAACAAUAUAUCCUAAAAACAGGACAGUUCAAAGUAAAAUGGACAAUAUGGAAUGGACAAUCACAACUGUUGUCCAAGAGUUUAACCCCAUUGUCAUGAUCUGUUGUUUCAGGUUUGUAUCGGUAAAUUUUUGACGAGCUGAUCAUAGCGAAAAAUAAAAUACUUCUGCAUUUCCAGCUGUGUAAACACAUUGCAAAUAGGCUCAUGAUAACUCCUGAUAAAGUUGGGUAGCUGAUAUUCAGAGCUUAAAUAACCAAAUCGAUUAGUCACGGGAAUCAGGACUAAUAAAGCCAAUGCAACGGCCUGUUUUACAAAUGCUAGGCCUACCACAUGGAUGUGCAUUCAUAACAUGCAGACACUGUAGCCUACACCCCAGUAAGCACGGACCGACGCCUUUUGGACGUCUUUUUUUGGUGCGGUCCAGACCAGCCUUAAUUUCCACGUCCACGGACAUUGGAUUUUGGUCCGGUCCGGACAAAAUCGGAACCAAUAAUAGACAUUUAUGUUUGGUUCAGAUUUUGUCUGGUCUGGAUCAGCCUUGAUUUGGCCCAAACAUACUUUAAUUCAAAACCAAAAUGAGCCUGAUUUCAACAUCGGGAAAAUACGUAUUUUCAACAUCCGGAAAAUAAGUAUUUUGUACUUUCCUUCAGAACUGAAAAUUAACCUGAUUUCAACGCCCGGAAAAAUGCCUUUUCAACGUCCUGGAAAAUAUGUAUUUUAAACGUACGGACAAAUGUAAUUUCACCUUUCAUUCAGAACCUAAAUUAAACAAUUCAAAUCUUCUUCAGCACCUAACCCUUUUUUUCUCUUUUACACACACACUAACCAAGUGUUCUUUUCUAACGCUGCGAUUGGCUAAACCAUCUGUCCAAUAGGAUGAUGAGGAGGGUAUUUGGGCAUAGCCAACCCCGUGCCCCCCUCCCCUCUCUCUCUCAGCCAUUUUGUUCAGAAGGGUGAGAGCACAAAUGAACGUCCGAGUCAUCUGUCCAUUUUUCACCUCCUCCCUGGCAUGUAUGCCCGUCUCUCACUCAAUCAUCAGUGUGUCCCGUUCUGCUCCUCCAUUUUGUUUUGUUGUCCGUUUCUCCUCUCACCAUUUUAUGUUGGUGCAGUGAGUUGGUCCAUGCAGUGUUUGGUACAUGUUGUCUGUUCUCAUAUUUGUCUUUUCUGUGGGAAUGAUAUCUCCGUUGUUACUGGAUGGUGUUUCAGUGUUUAUUGUCUGCCCACCAUGUACUGUAGCUUGGACACUGUCUGUGAACAAAUGGGUCAAUCAAAUAGUCAGACACACACACACCGGACACACUUCUGUUCCACAUACCAGACUCCACAAUCCCAUCUCCUUGUGAUCUAAUGAAUGUGAGAUGCAGCCUUGUUCCUCCUCCUUCUGCAUGCUUCAUUCUUCUGGUUUAGCAUGGUUUAGUCUCUGAACACACAGGGACCUAAUGUAAUUGUUCUUAUCUCUCUUCUUAUAUCUCUCUCUCUUAUCCAACUGGCUCUUCCAUUUCGUUCUCCCUUUCCUGUCCCCCCUUGCAUCUCUCCUCUCCAGAUGAUCCCCCCUCUCCUGUCCCUGAGUGAGAAUCGCAGUAAGCUGAAGCUCUACAUCGCCCACCUGACUGACCUCUGCCACGACCGAGACCCCAGCAUCCUCAGCGUCCUGACCCCACCCCCCCACUAUCACCAUGCCAACCCACCAGCCUGGGAGGAGGAGCUACACAAGAUGACUUUGGAGCAGGUAACAGAGGAAUCCCUCUAGUGUUUUCUCUCUCUUGUUCCCUCUGUCUGUCUUUCUCACCCUGUCUUUAUCUUUCUGUCUGUGCUGUCAUAUCUUACUCUUAACAGGAAUGAGUGAAGUUUUUAUCACCUCGAGAGAUGGUGGGGAAGAGUAUGCUAACUCAUUAUCUCUCCCUCUGUCCCUUUCUCUCCCCCCUCCCUUCCUCCUUAGUUGGAACUGGAGUUGGAGUUGUGUGAGAAGGAGAGCGGGGAGCUGCAGGAGUAUGCCAACUCAGUGCUGCAGCAGAUCGCUGACUACUGCCCUGACAUCCUGGAGCAGGUGGUCAACGCUCUGGAGGAGUCCUGCUGAACUCUCACCUUUACAAACCACCCCCAGAUGACCCCAGGACCCUGCAUGAGCUUCAGACAACCUUCCUCCCAUCUAUCCACACAUGAUCUUGGCAGAGGGAAGACUGAGCAAUCAUACUACACCCCCACAUGCCCAAUUCUCAUUCCUGGGGAGAUUCACCAGCCUGAGGAGAUGAUGAUGAUGAUGAUGAUGAUUAACUGAUGAAGAACAGCCACACAGUGGGCUAAUGGUGGAGGGAUGUAGAUGCAGGCCAGUCAUGGGUUGUGUUCAGUAGUGCACAUCAUACCAAAACAUUUUGAAAGAGAAAACAAAGUUCAGGUAGCACCUCCCUGUUUCAUUCCUUUCAAAAGGUUUUCUCAGUUUUCGUCCCUACUGACACAACCAUUGUUUUCUCUUUGUAUCUAAACCAGUGUUUUUUUCUGAAUGGUGGGGGGUCGUGGCAUGAAAAUGUUUAGAAACUAGUGAUUUAAACAAAAACAUUUUUUAUAUAUUCAAUGUUAUUUCCACUGUUUGACAUUCAGAAUCUCUUAUGUGAGUUUCUGGACAACAAACCUUUUCCCAUUUUCUCUCAACCACCCAACUAGAUCCAUGGAGAGAGAGCGAGAAACCCUAGCUGAGUUAUGCUGACUAAAUGUAGGGCUUUAGCUCUGGCUGACUUACUGCGUGUUCUGUGAACGGAUCUUAAGACAUAAGAGGGAGGAAUCCUAACU